AUGGCCUUCUCUAGUCUUUAUGUUAAACGACUUUGUGAUUCACUUGUCGUGAUUAUAGGAAGUGUCGUCAUAUCUGGAGGUAUAUUCGUCCUGUUUUUUCGUAAGGAUAGAAAAAGGUUUUGUCGAAGUUCCUCGGAUUUGCCAGUUGGACUUCCAAAUCCCAGAAAUGUGUGUUACUUUAAUGCGCUGAUGCAAGCGAUUGCAGCCAAUCGAAGUCUUGUACGCCUUUUGAAGCGUAGUGCUCGUAUGCGACCAGAUAAAUUCGUGUAUCGUUUAUUAUGCUUAUUAGAGGGAUUACAAUGUUCUUCUCAGUAUAUAACAGAGCAUAAAUUAGAUGUUGUGCUGAGAAAAGCACAUGAAGCAUUAAUCAAUGAUAUAGUGAAUACACAAAAUUGGGCAAUUCAUGAACAACAGGAUGCCCACGAACUAUUUGGUUUCAUUAUGGAACGUAUCUGCAGUUUGGAUAAUAAUUUUCUGAGUAAAACUUCUGCUAGACUGACAAGUGAUCUUUUCAAUUUCAGUCUUUCAAAUGAUAAAAGAAUAGUUCUCUGUCGUUCGUAUUGUUCAGCUAUUGAAAGUAUAAAAUUUCAGUCAGUCCUCUGCGAUACAUUUCCAACUCAAGCAUUUGAGCAAACACUGGUGGCUAGUCGUGUCACAUGUAAUUCAUGCAAUUAUCAUAGUAAAGUGGUUAUUCAACCAGAAGCUUGUCUAACUGUAUUUCUAAAGAAUCCUAACAGUACAACUCCAUCAUCCUCAUCAUCAUUAGCCAGUAAUAAAAAAUUACAAAAUCAACAAUUAAACACUACCACCUCAGCGAUGAAAGUAAUAGAUCUUGUUGAAUGCCUUGAUACUCAAUCCGCAACAGUUGAACCCUUACCUGAUAUGAAAUGUCCUAAUUGUUUAAAAAAGCCUCCUGUUCCUAUGACAACAACAUCAAAAUUCCCUUCUGCUGCUGCCUCAUCAUCAUCACCAUCGAAUUAUUGUCAACGUGAACAAUGGAUCACGCAUACACCAAAGUAUUUAGUCCUGUAUAUUCAAAGAAGUGAUUGGUUGAAUAUCAAUACAACACCGUUCCCGGUGAAUGGUUUUUGCCAAUUCAAUCGAAAUUCUUCAUUACCUACUACUUGUAGUACUGCUAGAAUUGCAACUAAGCGGUCAGAAUAUGUGCAUAUUCCUGAAUAUUUAAAUAUGGCACCGUAUUUAAUGCUCUACGGAGGAACAGGAGCAGGAGGAGAAGAAGUGUCAAAGCAAUCUUCGGCAGCUUCAUUACAAGUUAUCAAUUCACAUGGUGAUAACAAUGGUGACGCUUUUUCAUCGUUCAAUAAUAGAAAAUUAUCACAGAAAGAUUAUUUGAAACCAUACAUUCUUCGUUCAGUUAUUGUUCAUGAAGGUGCAUUACUUCAAUGUGGACAUUAUAUCACCUAUCGUAAAUGGCGGCAAACGCAAACACCUCGAACAUUUUAUUAUAAUAAUAAUCAUAAUCUACAAAGGCAUUAUUGGUGGUUAAUUCGUGUUAUAACAACUCUAUAUGACUGUAUUACAAAUUAUUUCUGUGGAAUAUCAAAUCCUCUUCACCAUCGUCGUCAAGUAUCGGAUUCCCCUUGGAUAUUGACAUCAGAUUCACACGUAAUGCGUGUCCCAUUGAAACAAGUACAAUCAAGUCCUGCUUAUCUUGUAUUUUAUGAACGUUUAGCAUAUAAUCAUUUCAAUGAUAUCCAGUUGAAUAGUACAGACAGUCAUACACUAUCACCGUCACCACUAAUCGAUAAUUAUACUGAAAUAACCAGUGAAGAUGAAAGCUUUCCGAGUCCGAGUACUAGUAGUUCAACGUCCAGCUGCUGUCAUUCUCAUCAUCAUAGAAAUUUAUCGAAAGCAGAUAUUAUUAAAGCUUAUGCAUCUUAUGCUUCAACUUUUCAAAUGUAUGAUAAAUCAUGUGAUGUACUUUACUUUCUAUCGUAUUUUGUUUUUUCGAAUACCUUAUUUGUGUGUGUGGAGUGA